AUGCCUAUUGGUGUUCCAAAAGUACCUUUCCGAAAUCCCGGAGAUGAAGAUGCAUCGUGGAUUGAUAUAUACAACCGACUUUAUCGCGAACGAUUCCUGUUUUUAGUUCAAGAGAUUGAUAGUGAGAUCGCGAAUCAAAUUGUUGGUCUUUUGGUAUAUCUUAAUAUCGAAGAUGAUACCAAGGAUAUUUUUUUGUAUAUAAAUUCUCCCGGGGGAGAUGUAAUAUCUGGAGUAGCUAUUUAUGAUAUGAUGCAAACUGUGCGGCCAGGUGUCAGUACAAUAUGCAUAGGAUUAGCCGCUUCAAUGGGAUCUUUUAUCCUGGCCGGGGGAGCAAUUACCAGACGUGCAGCAUUCCCUCACGCUAGGGUAAUGAUCCAUCAACCUAGGACUUCUUUUUUUGAGAGUCAUGCAGGAGAACUUCUCUUGGAAAUGAAAGAAGCGUUGAAACUGCGUGAACGCAUCGCAGAGAUUUAUGCACAAAGAACCGGCAACCCUACCUCGAUCAUAUCCCGAGACAUGGACAGAGACGUUUUCUUUUCAGCACGACAAGCCCGAAUUUAUGGAAUUAUUGAUGAUAUAGAGUUCUCAGAUGAUGAAGAGUUAUUAAGGGGUUGA